AUGAGAAACAUUUGUUUACCCCGACAAACGAAGGUUUCCUUAUCUUCUUUUCUCUUUCGUUCUGAAUCUCUUUGCUUUUUGUGGUUACACCUCUAUAUUUGCAUUGUUGUCAACGUCAAUUACUUGAAAUUUCUGUAUCUUUCUUUCUUUUCUUUCUUUUCUUUUCUUUCUUUCUUUUCUUUUCUUUUCUUUCAUUCUUUCUUUCUUUUCUUUCUUUUCUUUUCUUUCUUUCUUUCUUGCUUGGUUUCUUUUCUUUCUUUCUUUCUUUCUUUCUUUUUUUCUUUGUUUUCCGUUCUUCCCUCCUUCUAUUCUUUAUUUCUUUUUCCUUUCUUUUUUUUCGGAAGGCGUCCAUUUCUUUCUUUCUCUUUCGUUAUCAAUCGCUUUGCCUUUCGUGGUUACAUUGUUGCCAUUGUCAUUUACUUGAAAUUUUUGUUUCUUUCUUUGUCUUUUUCUUUCUUUCUUUCUUUCUUUCUUAACUUCCUCCCUACCUUGAUUUCUUUCAUCCUUCCUCAGUGUCACCAUCUAUCUAUCUAUCUAUCUAUCUAUCUAUCUAUCUAUCUAUCUAAUACCCAUAUCUAUCUAUCUCUCUAUUCAUCUAAGUACCCAUAUCUAUCUAUCUAUCUAUCUAUCUAUCUAUCUAUCUAUCUAAGUACCCAUAUCUAUCUAUCUAUCUCUAUUCAUCUAAGUACCCAUAUCUAUCUAUCUAUCUAUCUAUCUAUCUAUCUAUCUAAUACCCAUAUCUAUCUAUCUAUCUAUCUAUCUAUCUAUCUAUCUAAAGCAGUUCAAAUCUCUUUCUCUCUCUCUGUACAUGUCCUACCUUCCUCGCCUCUUUAUAUCUAUCUAUCUAUCUAUCUAUCUAUCUAUCUAUCUAUCUAUCUAUCUAUCUAUCUAUCAGCCUCUUAUCUAUCUAUCUAUCUAUCUAUCUAUCAUCUAUCUAUCUAUAGACGAAUCUAUCCCAAUCUGUUCUAUCUAUCUAUCUAUCUAUCUAUCCAUCUAUCUAUCUAUCUAUCUAUCUAUCUAUCUAUCCCAAUCUCCUCUUAUCUAUCUAUCUAUCUAUCUAUCUAUCUAUCUAUCUAUCUAUCUAUAGACGAAUCUAUCCCAAUCUGUUCAGAUCUAUCUAUCUAUCUAUCUAUCUAUCUAUCUAUCUAUCUAUCUAUCUAUCCCAAUCUGUUCAGAUCUAUCUAUCUAUCUAUCUAUCUAUCUAUCUAUCUAUCUAUCUAUCUAUCUAUCUGUCUGUUCAUAUCUAUUUAUUCUAUCUAUUUAUAUGUUUGUCUAUAUUUAAGUCUGGCUAUCUUUGUUGGUAACUACCAAUCACUUUUCAUAUCUAUCUAUCUAUCGAUCUAUCUAUCUAUCUCGCUAGCUAGCUAG